CGCGCGGUCCUCCCAGCCCCGCGCUCCCGCGGGAUCUGUUCACCCUCAGCAGAAGGCCUUUCCCAUCCCCUGCGGCCCCUGGGACUCGCGCCUCCAGAACGUUCUUACAAAGGUAGUGGAAAGGAGCUCUUUUCCCCCUAAAUGGCUACAGAAUCAAGAAAGCCUGCAGCCCCAUCUCCACCAGACCAAGCUCCUGAGGAGGAUCUUGUCAUCGUCAAGGUGGAGGAAGAUCAUGGUUGGGACCAGGAAUCUGGCCUGCAUGAAAGUAAUCCUCCUGGCCAAGAACUAUUUCGCCAACGCUUCAGACAGUUGUGUUACCAGGAGACACUAGGACCCCGAGAAGCUCUUAUUCAACUCCGGGCACUUUGCCAUCAGUGGCUUAGGCCAGACUUGAAUACCAAGGAGCAGAUCCUGGAGCUACUGGUACUCGAGCAAUUCCUGACCAUUCUACCUGAGGAGCUUCAGGCUCUGGUUAAAGAACAUCAAUUAGAGAAUGGAGAGGAAGUGGUGACCCUAUUGGAGGAUUUGGAAAGGCAGAUUGAUAUACUGGGACGGCCUGUCCCAGCUCGUGCACAUGGCCAUAGGGUACUUUGGGAAGAGAUAGUGCCUUCAGAAUCUUCACCACGUACUCACCUCCAACCUAUGGCAACCCAGCGUAAAUCUCCGGUGCCCCCAAAGCCUCAAGAAAGUGCCAUGUCUACUUCUCAGAGUCCUACCCCUUCCCAGAAAGGAACUUCUGGAAAGCAGGAGAUGACAGCUACACUCCUCACAACAGGGUUCCAGACUUUGGAGAAGAUCGAAGACAUGGCUGUGUCUCUUAUUCAAGAGGAGUGGCUUCUUGAUCCAAAUAGAGAUAACAGGCCAGAGAAUUACAGGAAUAUGUUCUCCCUGGGCGGUGAGACCAGGAAUGAGAACAAGGAAUUAGCUUCAAAACAGGUAAUAUCUCCUGGAACCCAACCACAUGGAGAGACAGCUGCCAAAUGCAACGGGGAUGUUAUCGGGGGUCUUAAGCAAGGAGAAGCCCGAGACCCUUUGGGCAGAUUAGAGAGGCAGCGGGGAAAUCCCACACAAGAAAGACGACAUAAAUGUGAUGAAUGUGGAAAAAGCUUUGCUCAGAGUUCAGGCCUUGUUCGCCACUGGAGAAUACACACUGGGGAGAAACCCUAUCAGUGUAAUGUGUGUGGGAAAGCCUUCAGUUAUAGGUCAGCCCUUCUUUCCCAUCAAGAUAUCCACAACAAAGUAAAACGCUAUCACUGUAAGGAAUGUGGUAAAGCCUUCAGUCAAAACACAGGCCUGAUUCUGCACCAGAGAAUCCACACUGGGGAGAAGCCGUAUCAGUGCAAUCAGUGUGGAAAGGCUUUCAGUCAGAGUGCGGGCCUUAUUCUGCACCAGAGAAUCCACAGUGGGGAACGACCCUAUGAAUGUAAUGAAUGUGGGAAAGCUUUCAGUCAUAGCUCACACCUCAUUGGACAUCAAAGAAUCCACACUGGGGAGAAACCCUAUGAGUGUGAUGAGUGUGGGAAAACCUUCAGGCGGAGUUCACAUCUUAUUGGUCAUCAGAGGAGCCACACUGGGGAAAAGCCUUACAAAUGCAAUGAGUGUGGGAGGGCCUUCAGUCAGAAGUCAGGCCUUAUUGAACACCAGAGAAUCCACACUGGAGAAAGACCCUAUAAGUGUAAAGAAUGUGGGAAAGCUUUCAAUGGGAACACUGGCCUUAUUCAACAUUUGAGAAUCCACACAGGGGAAAAGCCCUAUCAAUGCAAUGAGUGUGGGAAAGCGUUUAUUCAGAGGUCUAGUCUUAUUCGACAUCAGAGAAUCCACAGUGGAGACAAAUCUGAAACUAUAGGAGUUUAGGAAAAGCUUUGGUCAUAGUCUCAAGAUUAUUCAACUUAAGAGAAACCAUAUACUGUUGGAAAAAUCUUUCAAUGUAGUACAAAAAAAUGGCAGAAAGCUUAUUGUCUAAUGACAAAUCUUUAGUGGUGUCAAAGAUAAGAAUAGAUCUUCAGUAGUUUGGGCUCAGUACAUUGAUUAGCUUAAUUACUAUUUUUGGAAGUAUCUGAUGGAGCACUACUUCUGACAGCAUAAUGAAUCCUUUAGAAAUUGAAAAUAGCAUUAUAGCAAGUUGCUUGUCGUGGCUUGAGGCACUAAACUUUUGGGUGAGUAGCUAUAGAUUUGAGAGAGGCUGCUGCUCCUGGCCUCUCUGCUCUCAUCUCCUGUGAUCCCCUCCUCUCACUUGUAAUUCGUUGUCUGAUCUAAGAAGCUGUUCUAAAGUCCAAAGCAGCUUCUCGAUGAUACUUAUAUUUGUAUUUAGCUUUUGAAGAUCCUAGUUCUAGCGAGAUUUUUACAGACACUUAAACAUAUUUGUGCUUAAGUGUUUCAUUUUUUUAUCCUAAUAUUCCUUCUAGUUGUGAAAAAUGCAUAUUCCCAUGCAGAUUCAGAAUGCUAUAUUUUUAACAGCACUCCAGCAUUUUUCUUCAUUCAUCAUUUUUACUGGCCACUGAGUCAUUGAGCAUCUGUCCUUAUUUUUCACCACCCCAGUCCCAGUACCUGUGUCAGCAAAGGAAGUGGACGUAUUAGUGAUGAUUUUGAGAGUGAUGCAGAGAAAGAGGUGAGUGGAGACUCAGCCUGGCUGUUCUUGAGCUUGGAUAGUUGUACAUGGUGGUUACCUCUGAUUCUCCUCCACCUUCUUGUGUAUACUGCCCAAAAGAUGUUUGCACUGCCCUACUUAUGGUGUCACAUAGGAAAAAGAGGAGAUGGGGGUAGGGUUCUUGAAGAAGACAUAAAACUCUUACAAAGAAUUACGUCAUCCCUUUUAGGCCACUGCAGUACUGCUCUCUCAGGUUAUUAUCAGUCUGCACAGAUAUCUUAACUAGAUGGUUUUUCUUGUCAUUACCCCAGGUCUACCUUCUUACAUGGCCACUGAUCAUUUUCCAUCUGUUUUUUGCCAUUCAUUUGUACAACAUUAAUGUCUACAAUCUGUUUGGAAUUCUAGUGUGCUCCAUGAGAACUGGUGUCUAUAAUCUCAGAACAAAGACACACUAUUAAACUUGUCAUCACUAGGCAUAGUUCAUCCUUUAGGUUUUCAGUAUGCCAAGGGUUACAGUAUAGAGUGAGAGUAGUUUCCAGUAACAUGUCAGAUCUUAUACAUUGCAAAUGAGGUAUCCUUUAAAUUGAGUAGUUCUAUUUUAAACUACUAUUAUUUUUGAUAGUAUUGCUAUUCUUCCAAAUAUUUGGAAAUUCCUAUUUUAUCAACCCUGCAAGAAAACACUAUUCCUAUGUCACAUUUUGGUUUUGAUCAUUGGUUAGCCAUGUAUUUAGAAUAACUUUGCUUUCCAGAAUUAACCCUCACACAUGAAAUUAUUCCAUAAGCCUAUUAGGAAAAAAAACUAUGUGAGUUUUCAUGAAAACUCCAAGAGAAAUAACAUGAUUUCACACUGUGAUUAUCCCAGAAAAGGAUAAUAGUUAUGAUUGAUAUGUUUUACAAAAUCAGUCAUAGAUUCUUACCUCAUAGAGUCCACCUUUUGGCUCAUAAAUUCUUGAUGACAUUUCUCUACCUCCUGUGGCUCACCUUUGAUCACAAACAUUCUUCACUGAGCCAUUGUACUUAUUCAUCACUUGUCCUAGUUUCUUCGAUUAACUUUCGCAGGAGUCUUUUUCAUUCCCUCUUUUAAUCUCUUCCUCUACUCCCUCUCCCCCACAUAUAGAUUAGCAGUUCUCACUCCCUGUACUUGACUUUCCAAGAAACCAGAAACAAGUAUAUCUAGGACUGCCUGAAUCCUUGUUCCCUGCCUGGGUUGUGCCUUACCCCCUGUAAGAUAAUAAUUCUGUCUGAGGCCACUGUUACCUUAUAUCCAAGUAUUUCAUAGGAUGGCUAAUUUGUCAGAGGGAAAAUAAAUAUGUGUGCCCAUCUGUGUGUAUACAUCUACUUUUCUCAUGUUUUCAAGGAACACUUGCCUUCGAUUCCAAUAAACACCUAUUUUAGCAGCGCAUCAUAAUGAAAUGUCUGUAAAUGUAGUGCCUCUUUAGGCAUUAGUACCCACCAUAAUGUGUAGCCAGAUUAUUAAAGUCUCAAAAUUACUAAGCCUCUGGCGGUAAGCUAGUAUAUGUAUUAUCCUGGGAUAAAUGUGAGAAAAGAUUGUCACUUAAAGGCUUUCAAAGCUCAUUCAGCAUAUAUAUCAAAAUAGCAACAUGGUAUCAAAGAUGAUCAUUUUUUUUAAGAGGCUGCAUAGAAUUUUAGCACUAGAAUAUUGCUGAUCAGACUAUAUGACAUUAUUUUGAGCUCAUACCUAUGAAGGGAUACAUUAUAUUCCUUAUGUUUUUAUGCUCUCAAUGAACUAUUCACCAAAACUUUCUUCUAUCUUCAGUUAGAGGCUGACAUAAUAAAAUGGUUCUUCCGCAACUCUUAUUGCUAUCAAAUAUAGCCCUAGGAGAGGCAUCUUAGAUUUCAGAGAAUUUUCUCUGAGGCUCAGCAACCAUGCUAGAAUUUGAUGGUUGAUUCCCAAAUGGAAGAGUUUAGCUUUACUCUUGGUUCUAGUCUCCAGAUAAUAUGGGGCACUAACUCUACCAGACUUACAUUAAGCAUUUCUGCUACUUAUGAUAGAUUUGAUUCAAUUUAUAGAUGGCAAAACAUAGUUUUGAGAACUGAUGAAUGUCACACAGACAGUAAAUGGUACAACAAACAUUCAAACUUACACAAACCUGGGCACUUGACCUUGAUGCUAUACCAUGUAUAAUGAACAUAUCAUAACUCUGGACAGCCAUUAUGUAUCCCUGAGUAAGAUAAUGUACAAGAUAGUACAGAUCUAUUUCAAUUACUUGAAAAUAGCACUUUGGGUUUUAUCAUUUUCAACUAUUGGUGCUUUUGAUGCUUUUCAGUAUGAGAUAGCUAAAGCAUAUAAAAAGUAAUGUGAGGAUAAAACAACUUACAAAUUGAAAUACAUUUACUUUCUAAACUGACUAGAAAAAAGUAAAUUGUGAAAAGACAUGAAAUAUCUCUGCUCCUCUCUGGGCAAAUGGACAGUUAAGAGAAUAAUAGUAAGUUAAUUUAUAGCCUAAAAUAUAAAGACUCUUUAGCCUCUCCACCCAUUUCCAAUAACAGUCCCAUUUCUUCUCUAUUAUGCUUGGUCUUUCAAAUGCAUCAUCUAAUUUACCACAUUGUCUCCAUUCUUAAAACUUCUUACUAAUUUUUUCCUGUAUUGUGAAUAGGGCUUGAACUCAGGCCAUUGUGCUCCCACUCCGCUUUCUUGCUCACAAAUGGCACUCUACCAUUUGAGCCACACCUCCAGUCCAGUAUUUGGCUAGUUCAUGGAUAUGGAGUGUCUCAGACUUUUCUGCCCGAGCUGACUUGACUUCAAUUCUCCAGGUCUCAGCCUCCUGAGCAUCAAGGAUUACAGGUGUGAGCACUAAGCUCCUUACUAGUUUUCAUACUCAGCAUUGAAAUGUCCUUAGAAUGCCAGUAAGUAAUAUUAAGACUUGGAGGGGAGAGAAGGCAGAUUGGUUUUUUGAGAUAGAGUCUAUGUAGUCCAGGCUGAUCUGGAAC